GUACAAUUGAUCCUUACCUGUAAAUUUCUAUAAUAUUAUCAAUUAAAAUUAAUUAGUUAAGUAGGUAUACUUAUACCAGUUAGGUAAACUUUUGUGUAAGACAGUAGUUACUGUGAAUAUUUGAAGCCAGAUAAUAUUGGUGUGACUCCACCCCCGACUCCCGGCGGCGCGAGCUGGUGCAAGAUGGAGCCGGAACAGACCCAGGAGCUGAUGAUGGACAGCCGGACCAGGAAGCGGGGCGUAUUCAGCGCGCUCCGCUCAUGCCUCCGGCCGCGUCCCUUCAGCGCCGUGACCCUUCAGGGCGUGGUGCUCGGGUCCAUCAUAGGCCUGUCCAUGAACGAGGUCUGCGUGCAGCUCAUACUGAAGAUGAGUGCUGAUGCGGGUGAGCUGCCGGCUGCCGUCAAUGACAUAUUCUUCCUCAGCAUAUCCCUGCUAGAGGCGGUCCUGGCGCCAGUGACGUGCUGGCUGGGCUACCGCCGCCGCCCCGCCACGCUGCGCGCCUGGCUGCUGCUCACCGUGCUGACGAUACUCCCGCUGUUCUUCCUCACGUUUGAAGCUCCUGAGGACUUGGCGCUCUGCACCGCCACCCCCCUGCCCCGCUCAGCAGUAUACGCGAGUCCGACCGCCAUCUUGCGCCUCGCCGCGGUGACAGCUCUGACGGUGGCCUCCGUGCUGACCCGGCUGAGCGUCUGGAGCCACGGGGUCGCCAUCCUGGAUGAGCAUCGCCCGGAGACCUUGGUUAAGGAUCUUGGAAUCUUCAUAACAGCGCGAGUGAUAGUCCUCUCCGUCGCCAAGCCCAUGCUGAUGGAGUACCUGGUGACGCGCAUGUGGCUGCAGGUCAUCGCGCUCCUCGGGCCGCUGGUGGUGAAGGGGAUCCUGCUGUGCUUUGUGCCGAGCCGCCUGCCUGACCCGCUGGGGCUGGAGAAGCUGGGGGGUAGAGGAUUCUUCGAGAGUCUCCGCCGCGUGGUCUCCAACGGCCCGGCCAUGCGGCACACCAUCUCCCUCGCCGUCCUCGCCGCGGGGGUGUGGGGGUUCGCGCUGCACAACGCGGAGUUAGCUGAACAGAAGUACCACGUCAAGCUGGGCAUCAGCCAGGCGAACAACUUCGCCGAUGUUUUUAAGAUGUUCUCGAUUAUUCUGAUGAUUUUGGUUCUCAGCUACAUCUACCGCGCUUCAGUGCCCAAGGAGUUCAACAAGUUCGAGGCCAGCAAGAAGACCAUCGCCAUGACAGUGGCCGUCAUGGUCGCCAUCUUGGUUCCUUCCCUUCUGAGCUGCGACCGCACGGUCACGGGUCUCAGUGCGGAGUACAACCAGCCCAGCUGCAGUAGAAGUUGUGGCUGCUCCGUCCAGCCCAACAGUGAGUUCAACCCGGUCUGCACGCUGAGUGACAUGAAGAUCUACUACUCCCCGUGCCACGCCGGCUGUCGCAACCAGACCAGCGUCAAUGGAGUCACAGUGUUCCUAGACUGCGAAUGCGCGCCAUCUAGCGCCGUGCUGGGUCCCUGCGACCCCGCGCGAUGCCGCGGCGCAUACAACCUGCAUCAAGUUAUGUUCACCGUGCUGCUUAUUGCUGCAGUAUCAAACUUCGUGCUGCACGGCGCGACGGCGCUGCGCUCGGUGGACCCUCGGGACAAGUCCAUAGCCCUCGGAGUGGUGUUCUCUCUGGUCGCACUCAUCGCCUUCGUGGGAGGACACUCGCUGUUCAUGGGGAUCAGUGCCUGGACCUGCGCCUUCUCAUCAGACGGUAGAUGCCAGCUGCAGAGUCCACGCCACGGGCUCAUCAUCGGCCUCACAAGUAUAGGUCUAGCGGCCGUGUCCCUUCUCAUUAAUAUAGCCUCUACUGUGAUACACAAACGUACGUUAAGAUAGGACGUGAGUUUAAGGUUAAAGUUUAGGUAGUUAGGUUAUGGCGCUGUUAUUUUUAUAAUUUUUAGUAACUGUAUUUAGGUAACAAGUAAUAUUGAUAAAUUUGGUCUUAAAUAAUGUUAAAGACCCUGCGAUACCCUGACCCUGUGAGACCCUUUUAUAGGCGUAGGAAGAUCAUUAAAUAUUAAACGAGCCGGUUGAUAAAAGUGCUAAUUUUAGAUUUUAAGAUAAAUACCUACUUAGUUAGGUCUAAAGUUUAUUCUAGUUAACUAGGGAAUUAAGAGAUUAUGUAUUUUUUAUACACAAUAGGUAUUUAAUAAAAAAAAUCAUCAUAAAA